AGGGCGUGGCUUCCGCUCCGGGCGCCUGAAGGAGACUUGGAGGGUCCGGGGCCACGGCGCUUGAGUUGUUGGGAGUAGUCGUCGCCGCUUCUGCCGGCAACCCAUGAGGAAAAUGCUCGCAGCUGUCUCCCGCGUGUUGUCGGGCGUCGCCCAGAAGCCGGCAAGCAGAGUGCUGGUGGCAUCCCGUAAUUUUGCAAAUGAUGCUACAUUUGAAAUUAAGAAAUGUGAUCUUCACCGACUGGAAGAGGGCCCUCCUGUCACCACGGUACUCACCAGGGAGGAUGGGCUCAAAUACUAUAGGAUGAUGCAGACUGUUCGCCGAAUGGAAUUAAAGGCAGAUCAGCUGUAUAAACAGAAAAUUAUUCGUGGUUUUUGUCACUUGUGUGAUGGUCAGGAAGCUUGUUGUGUGGGCCUGGAGGCCGGCAUAAAUCCCACAGACCAUCUUAUCACAGCCUAUCGGGCUCAUGGCUUCACCUUUACUCGUGGACUUUCUGUCCGAGAAAUUCUUGCAGAGCUUACAGGACGAAGAGGAGGUUGCGCUAAAGGGAAAGGCGGAUCGAUGCAUAUGUAUGCCAAAAACUUCUACGGGGGCAACGGCAUCGUUGGAGCUCAGGUGCCCCUGGGAGCAGGGAUUGCUCUGGCCUGUAAGUAUAACGGAAAGGAUGAGGUCUGUUUGACUUUAUAUGGCGAUGGUGCUGCUAACCAAGGUCAGAUAUUCGAAGCUUACAAUAUGGCAGCUUUGUGGAAAUUGCCAUGUAUUUUCAUCUGUGAAAAUAACCGCUAUGGAAUGGGAACAUCCGUUGAGAGAGCAGCGGCCAGCACGGAUUACUACAAGAGAGGUGACUUCAUUCCUGGGCUGAGGGUAGAUGGAAUGGAUAUCCUGUGUGUCCGGGAGGCGACGAGGUUUGCAGCCGCCUACUGUAGAUCUGGAAAGGGGCCCAUACUGAUGGAGCUACAGACUUACCGCUACCACGGACAUAGCAUGAGUGACCCUGGUGUCAGUUACCGUACACGAGAGGAGAUUCAGGAAGUAAGAAGUAAGAGUGACCCUAUUAUGCUUCUCAAGGAUAGAAUGGUGAACAGCAACCUGGCCAGUGUUGAGGAAUUAAAGGAAAUUGAUGUUGAAGUGAGGAAAGAGAUUGAGGAUGCUGCCCAGUUUGCCACCGCUGAUCCUGAACCGCCUUUGGAAGAACUAGGCUAUCACAUUUACAGCAGCGACCCACCUUUUGAAGUUCGGGGUGCAAAUCAGUGGAUCAAGUUUAAGUCCAUCAGUUAAAGGGAAACUGCACAUCACGGAUGGUGAUACUUUCAACUGUAAGGGACUCUGUGUUCUCCACUUUUAACAUUAAGCAAGAAAAACCCAUAAAAAGAAAGGAUGUAGGCUAAGAUAGUAAUUGCAUGUGUUUUGUAUAGUGUUGCGUUGAAAGACGUUAUUGCACACCUAAGUAUUUAGUGUGAAAGUUACAAAGGGUAUUUUAGACUUAUUUCCUUAAAAUAGUUCUAUUUCUUUUAAUUGAAAAGUAUUUGCUAAAUCGUAUACAUUAAGUGAAAAAUGGCCAUUUCUACCUGUCCAACCCUGCCAUCAGUCGAGGGGAGUAGGAUCAUUCCCUGGACCCUUGUAGUGGCAAGUGUCCAUCACCAGUGUGCGUGUGGAGGCUGAAGCCGAUUCACACUGACCACUGCUCAAUAAAACGCAAUAUUUAUUAUAUCCAGGCAGGGUACAGAAGGACAAUUCCAUUUUUAAAUAAGACCUCUUCAUUUAUAUAUUAAAUACAAAACAUAGUUUUCUAUGUACAUUCAGUAUCAGACAGAAGGCAUAUUCUUAACAUUUUAAUCUUGUAAGUACCCCAUGGUCUAGAACAGUGAUGCCAGCCUGCUUUCCAGUAAGUGCUAUAGGGUGUACGGAAUUUUCAUCCGUUUUUAAGAACGCCAUACUAUUCUGGGAUGUCAAAAUUAAGGUUCAGUCACUGUUCUCACAAUGCUAAGGUUCCACUCACCUUUAAAACAUGUUGAUAAGUAACAACACGUUUAAAAAACCCAUCCCGUUUCUGUAAGUCUUUAAAACUUCAAGGUCUUAAAUAGUGGUGGUUUCCUUGUGUAAACUCGGUGAAAUUCAUGUCACGUUAAUAGAAGUUUAAACAAAGAUGACAGCUCUUGGCUCCCUCUAUUCCCUGGCUUAGCCGACAGUUUCAGCCUCAUCUUGGGAGGCCAGGGACCCCUGAGCCUUUCUUCUGUACUGGGAGACUGCUGUCCAGAGCCUGCAGAGGAGACCGCCACUAGGAAACAAUCCAGAGUCUUUUUUUAGAGUGGUAAGAAAAGAACUUCAAAACCCCACCAAAUACCUGGGUAGCUCUUAUGUCAAAAGCUAUGUUAAGUAAUUCUAGACUUGUCUAGAUUUGCCAAAAUGCAGUUCCUAACUUGAAGAUACGUCCUCUUGUAUUUGUGCCCAGUAGGAAGGGGACGUGACCUGCGAGGUAUGUGCAGGAAUGCCAGGUUGCUAGAGAAUAAAAAGGGUUGGAUGGCGCAUGGAUGGCAGAAGAUGGGAGGGGGAGAGCUUUUGUGUUUCCCCUCCCUCUUUCUGACUCAUACGCAACCUGAUCCUAGGAAACCUCCAGAGUUGGGGGCUGAGAUUGUGGCUUAGAAAACACACUACCUAGAUAGGAAAUUAAUCUCAAUGAAGGGGGAAAGUUACCAGCCCUUUGUUUUCUACUGCUUUAUUUAAAAGCAUAAGCACAGGGAAAAAAAGUCAUUUUCUGUUAGUGUUUUGAAGCCAUUCUUACCGUAGUCUAAGGUGUCUUAGAUCUUCCUUAGUGAUAUCAUUUAGAAUAUCAGAAAGUGUAUAACCCUCUUCAACAAUCUGAAACAGACAUCAAAUACAUAAGAGCUAAGCUGCUAUUAUUAUUUGUUAUUAUUACAGCAUAGGAAUGUCUUUUUGUUACAAAUUUACCUUUUCUAUUGUACUCGCAUCGGCUCCUUUCUCUUGUAACCAGUCUACAAGCUCUUUAUCUGUUUUCUGCCCAUGAGACCCAGGUGGGGAUGCUGGGUUCUCUGGAGUAUCUGCAACGAUGAGAGAUUUGUUUUGUUGUAUAUUAAUUCUGCAAAGAUAAGUUGGAUGAAAUAAACUAUUCCAGAACGUAAA